UAAAAUGGGGAGGGGGGGGUUGGUUUUAUGUCUGAGAAUUCAAAUGCUAUGCAGAUGCCACCAUCAAAAGCUGUAAGGAGACCGACUGAAGAAACGAGGGCCGAGAAGGAGACAUCGGAAAUGAUGAAUGAUUAAGUUCGGAUGAAGGCAGUGAUGCAACAUUGCAGAUGUCAACUGCCAUCAAACACCAGUACUUUCUCACUCACCGCCUGGUGGUCUGAUAGCAACCUGCUAACACUGAGACACCAAGCUUUUGUGAAGAGACGAGGCGUCAUGGCUGAGGAGCAGGACAUGACCCGAGAGUCCAACCAGAGGCAGACUCCUUUGCUCUGCUCCAUGGGCUGUGGAUUCUAUGGCAACCGCAGGAAUAAUGGCAUGUGCUCCGUGUGCUAUAAAAACUUUGUCCAGAGACAGAAUGGCAGUGGCCCUGCUCCAAACCCACCAAUGGCAUCGUCAGCUUUCAGUAGCACAGGAGAGACUCCUCCGACACAGAGCUUGGACACUUCUGCCGGCACUUCGUUGGCUAUGUCCUCUGUCCACGCAGACUCUGGUCACUGCAGUGGGCCGUCGACAGCUGCAGCGGACAUGGCGGGAGCUAGCGCCUCGGCCGUUGCGACAUCAGAAAGUGGGACGACAGCGAAUGUGGCCACAGCGACGAAGAAGCCCAAAGCUGAGAAGGCUCGCUGCUUUACCUGCCGCAAAAAGGUGGGCCUGACGGGCUUCGACUGCAGGUGUGGAAACGUCUUCUGCAGCUUACACCGAUACUCGGACACACACAACUGUACCUUCGACUACAGAGCUGAGGGUGCAGAGAGACUCAGGAGGGAAAACCCAAAGGUCGCUGGGGAGAAGAUACAGAAGCUCUGAAAUGUGCAGCAGCAGAAAUACACCUUCAUGUCCCAUCCACAUUUAUAAUUUCACAAGAGCAAUCAUCCAAUUGGAACACAGGAUGCCUCGAGCAUCACUGAUGCAACUAAUAACUAAGGUCAUUAUGUGAGGAGCUUUAUGAGAAACGGUGAUCUCGUGGCUGGUUGUUAAAAAACACAUGCAUGAAAAAACUUUUCUUUAAAACAAACUUGUGCCCAAAAAACAUCUGGCAAAGGACUUGUACAAGUAGAAAAUUGAUGCAGAACAAUGGCAAUGACAACCAACCAGAUGGAAUAUUCAAGGCAAACCAAAUGAUUUCAGAUGAAAAAGGAUAAUGAAAAAAAAAAAAAGAAAACACAGGGGAUCGAGACAAACUGCUCAAUAUCAGUGGCAACUACCUCAGAGAAAAUAAUGAAAUUUAGAAAAGGAGAAGGAGAAAUGUCCACACUGAUUUUCUCAAAAGUCCUGCCAGAUUUGUCUUCUUCUGUAAUUAUUUUAAACCACUCGAAUGAGAAAAUACAGUUUCUCCACAGUGACAGUGAAUAUAAACAUCAAUCUAAUUGAUCAUUUCUGUGGAUUGAGAUUUGAAUUAAGAGACCCUGAGCAGUUUUGAUGUACUCUGCAUUUUUUUAAAUGGUCAAUUCAUCACAUUUAAGUCUAUAGUCAACUUUCAUCGGUGGACACAUACGUGGCUGGUUAUAUUCCACAAAAGCUGCCGGACAAGCAUUUGAUGUUCAGUGACUAAAUAAAAGAGAUCCCCCUUUGCUGCUUUUUGAAUUAAUAAAUAAAUUAUUUUUUUGUAAAACCUCAACUAAUUAUUAAAGAACUCGGCUGUGAGCAAUUGGUGAGGUGUGCAGUCGGAAAGACAGAUGGGUUCAGAGUAGGCGUGUGGUUACAGCUCUGGGUUUCUAUGGUCCAUGAUUCAGGAAAUAGUUUUAUAAAUGAUGUCUGGUGAACAGCAAGUGGAUUUGUUGAAAACAUUUGAUCUGUUAUUUAAGACUCGUCACUGUUUGUAAUUGUAAAUGACAUUAAAUAUCUGUGAGUUGUAC